UUUUCGUAUACGUGAAAUUUAGUGCGCAGCGCGCGAGUUUAAAAUGCAGGAAUGUGUUGUCAAAGAUUUUAGUGACGAUGACGAUGAGUUGCUGUCUAGGGCAAUAGAGAAUUAUGAAACCACUUCAAACCCUAUCACAAACAAUGCUGAACGUGUUAUUCCUGUUGUUACUAGUGAAGGUGAACUUGGAUCUCCCCUGUCAAGGUUUAGACCAGGAUAUCUGUGGGUAUCUGACCUGACUAGACAGAACUGGUGUGAGCAACAGUUGUACUAUAGCUUCACAGUGCCUUCAGUAGUGGAAGAAAAUCCCGUCAUGACUGAAGGUUCCAGCCUUCAUCUAGCAAGAGAACUGGCUGUCCAUGAUGUAGUUCAAGUGAAAGUUACAUCAAAUGAAGACAUUUGGGCAAUCAAAGUAUUGAACCUACUAUCAUCACUGGUAUCUCUUCUCAAUGGGCAGACCAUUGCUAGAGAGGUACCAAUAUUUGGGGCUCCUUUUAAUGAGGAUGUGUUUAUUGUGGGACUGAUUGAUGAACUUCGAUUUGAUCCUUCGUCUUUCCAGUUAGAUUUAUGGGAAUUUAAGACACGUAAAUAUAAAUCUAUGCCAUCUAAAUCACAGCAAGCACAGCAUAGAUUACAAGUUAUGCUGUAUAAGAAACUGUUUGAUGAUUUAGUAAAGGGGAAAUUGUCCAAAGAAGUGAUUGCAAAACAUUUGAAAUUGGAUUUGAAUAGAACUUUCGGAAGUGAUAUUCAAGAAACAAUAGAUGGUAAAGGUAUGACAGGUACAAAUCUUCACCAACUGUUAGAUGUGCUGUUUCAUAGAAUACAAUGCAUUACAUGCAUCAGGGAAAUUGGAAUAGAAUAUGAACAUCAAAGUAGUAAGGAAUCUAUAGGGAUACACAGUGUUGAUUAUAAUGAUGAAGAACUGGUAAUGUUGUUUCGAGAUUAUCUCCAAUUUUGGCGAGGUCAGAGGGAAGUUAGGGGUGUGGACAUAGAGGAAGCAUGGAAAUGUCAGUCAUGUGACUUUGCUGAUGUGUGUGAUUGGAGGAAACUCAAAGCAGAACAAUAUUCCAAAGUUGGAAAUAGUAAAAGUAAAGUUACUCAUAAAUAAGUUCACAUGAUGUUCUGGAACUGGAAAUAUAAAGCAAGUCCCAAUGAGUGUCAUUUAUUGAUACAUAAGUUACCAGCCCUGGCAUUUUCUAUAUAUGUGAACUUGAAGUAGGCCCAAAUUAAUGACUUGUUAGUUACCAGCUCUGGCAUUCUGGAAGUGUGAAUACAAAGCAAGCCCACUCAAAAAAGUUACCAGCUCAAACAUUCUGGAAGUGUGAAUACAAAGCAAACCCACUCAAAAAAGUUACCAGCUCAAACAUUCUGGAAGUGUAAAUACAAAGCAAGCCCACUCAAAAAAGUUACCAGCUCAAACAUUCUGGAAGUGUGAAGACAAAGCAAGCCCAAAGUAAUGACUUAUAAGUAACCAGCUCUGACAUUCUUGAAGUGUGAAGAUAAAGCAAGCAGAAAUUUAACUCCUGAGUUACCUUUUCUGGCAUUUUUGAAGAGUGAUAACAAAGCAAGCCCUGUGAAGACGAAACAGCCCAAAUAAAUGGCUAAUAAGUUGCUAGCUCAGGCACUAUGGAAGUGUGAAGACAAAGCAAGACCAUAUUAAUGACUCCUAAGUUACCUGUUGUGGCAUUCUGGAAGUGUGAAGACAAAGCAAUUCCAAGUAAAUUACUCUCCAGUUACCUGUUGUGGUAUUCUAAAGAAGUUGAGACAAAGCAAGCUCAAGUGUGAAGAAAAUGGGACCCAUAAGCUACCAAUCCUGUCAUUCUGAAUUGUGUGAAGAUGAAGCAAGCCCAAAUUAAUGCCUCCUUAGUUACCAGCUCAGACAUUCAAGAAAAGUGGACAAAGCAAGCCCAAAUUAAUGACUCAUUUAUAAGUUUAAGUCUCAGGCAUUCUGGAAGUGUGGAGACAAAGAAAGCUCAAUUGUAAUUUAUACAACUCCAAAGUUACCUGUUGUGGCAUUCUGAAGUUGUGAAGACAAAGUGAUCAAUAAGAAAUCAAGCCUGUCAGUUUGAAAGUGUGAUGAUGAAGUAAGCCCAAAAUUAAUGACUCAUAAGUUAUCAUCACAAGCAUUCUGGAAUAGUGAAGAUGAAGUAAGUCGAAAACCUAGUGACAUUUUGGUGUGAAGUUGAGCAAAUCCAAAUAAGUGACUCAUAGUGAGAUGUGAAUGUAAAGUAAGUGUGGAAGGACUAUAAGUAAAGUAAGCUGCAGUAACAUCUCAGUGAUGUAGAAGAAAGGGCAAAGUAAAAUAACACGCUGACGCUAAACAUAUUAGAGGAUGUUGAAGUAAUGGUGCAAACAUCAGAAAAUGAACUUGCAGUGUUUGGGAAGGCAUUCAUUGGGUUACCUUUGGAACAUUACAAUAUGGACAGUAUGAUAGGCAAGGAGGCCAUUGUUUACAACGGUGUGCUAGGACUUUUAGAGUUGGGGACUUGCAUACACCUCAUUUAUACAGUGGUGAAAAGUUUAUUCCCUUAGGUGAGACAUAGACACACAUACAUGAAAAAAAACUUAUUAUAAACAUUAGUGAAAUUGAAUGAUAACGGAUGUACCAUAUCAGAAAUCAUGGUCAUUAUUUAUAGAAAGAUGUUUACAUGUGGUAGCCAUAUAGUAAAUACUGCAUGAAAUCGGGCAUACGCUAUAACCACCAGGGUCUUGGGUUUUACGACAGUUCCCGUUUGACUGCAACACUGAACUUGUGUCAGCAAACUCAUGUUUUACCACCUAUGUAAUUACUGCCGGUGUGUGUGUGUGCCUCUUCAAAAUAAUGUGUAUUGGAGUGUGAUUGUGUGUGUAUGUGCGUGUGCUUGUGCAUAAAAAAGAAAUAAAUAUUAACUGUACCUUCUCUAUGUUUUCUAUCUGGAUCGUUCCUAAAUAGAAAAGACAGUUAUUACAAAGUAUCCUGUUUUUCUUUUUUUGACGUAUCACCCAAAUAUGUCAGCUUAGUCUUGCAGUGUGUUGUAAAUGUCCGAUAUAAAGAUCAAAUUGUUUUUCAAAGCGCAUCCUCUUGACACAUGUAAAUACUUGGUCUGGUGUCUCCAAACAUUGUUCAGUACAUUUCAACAUUACCUUUCUGCAAUAAAAACAAGAAGCAUU